AUGGCCGAUAAACUCCGCGCUACGCAGCAGCUUGAACAACUCCAAGCCCGCUACAUUGGUACAGGACACGCUGAUACAACAAAAUUCGAAUGGGUCUCUAACGUGCACCGAGACACGCUUGCAACCUAUGUUGGCCAUCCCCCAUUAUUGGAAUAUAUGUCGGUUGCCACUGGUGAAUCUAUGGCAAAGAUGAGAACUAAGUUUAUUGAGAGAAUGAUACGCCCUGUCGGGAAACCACCGGAAAAGGAGGAUUAA